AUGCCCCCCGUGAUCUCCUUCGCCGAUACAAUCUCCGAUAUUAGUCCCUAUAUACCCAUCACCCUCGAUCUCAACUCCCACAACUACUACCAUUGGCGCCACCUCUUCGAAGUUCACCUCGGGCGCUGCAAUCUUCGCUCCCACGUCAACGCCACCGCCGUGCUGCCAUCCCAUGAUCCCCAAUGGGUCAAGGAUGACCUCGCCAUCAUCCAAUGGAUCUACAUGCGCGUCUCCACCGAGAUCUUCAAUCUCGUCUUCCGGGACGCCGCCACCGCCGCCGGUUUCUCGGCGGCUCUUCAGCAGUUGUUCCAAGACAACGUCGAUGCUCGCACCAAUCUACUCCACACCGAGCUCAGGAAUACGGUGCAAGGCGACUCCUCUCUCAGUGUCUACUGCCAACGCCUCAGGUCCAUCGCCGACGAACUCCAUGAACUUGGUGAUCCUGUUGAAGACCGGCAGCUCAUCAACAUCCUUCUCAUCGGGCUGAGCGAAAAGUUCGACAAGCAGGCCUCCUUCAUCCCCAUGAUGCGGCCCCAGCCAACUUUUGCUGAGGUGCGUGAUGGUGUCCUGGACUAG